UGUAGGAAUGGCAGUCCCACACAAUCAGUGUCACUCCCAGCUGCAGCUUGCAGGGAGUGCUGUCACUUGCUGAGCAUUGCUGUGUCACCGGGUGUAUCACUGGGCAGCUGAAGGGAAAGAAAUGAUUAUAACAGGCACCAUUAGGAAAGCCAGGCUUAUAAAGGCCUUUUGGUAAAGAAGCUUCAGGAACACAAGAUGCACAUUUUUAUACAACCCCUGUACCAUCUAAUGUAAAGCCCAACAUCUUUAGGCUGCAAGAAAAAUUAUCUUCAAGUAACUUCUACAUUGAUGUCGCACAUAAAGGAAGUCAUGUUCGUAAAACAGAGUCUAACAUGACAAUGGAUAGCAGGGCAUUUGGUAAAAAUUCAGGUCUUCAUAAUGGACGUAAAGAGAAUUUACAUCCUUCAGUGGGCAACUUACCAGCCGGGUCUUCAACUGAGAAUGGAAAUUCCACCACAACUACUAAUCUAACUUCCACCCAGGAUUGCUCUUACAUCCAUGUGCGAGAAGAUCCAGAACAUACGUAUGAAACAUUCCCAUUCUAUGCCAGGACUGAUUGUUCUGAUGAAAUCUAUGAGGACCCAGAUUCUUUGAGAGAUGAAGAAACCCCACCACCAGAAUAUGUAUACCCAAUAGCAUUCCCCAAAGGAAACAAUACCAUAAAUUUACCACUCGUUACAUCUGAGGAUUCCAAUAUCAUUUAUGAUGAUGCUGAGGGCCGAGGCACAACCAUGCUGCCUGAACUGGAUGAACUUUUAAAGUCUGAGGAACAUUACGUUGAACAGUUAAACUAUUUAACCUCUACCAUUCGGCCAAAGCUUGAGAAGAUAAAUGGAGUGGACGUGAGGACCCUGUUUUGCAAUGUCGACGACAUUCUUCAGGUGGCUAAAUUGUUCCUGGAAGCGUUAAAGAAGACUGAGUGCCACGGGCAGUACCAACUGAAGCAAAUUGGAGAACUGUUCCUGAAUUUCAGUACAGGCAUGCAGAAUGUAUACAGCACAUACUGCUGGGAAUAUCAACGAUCCCUCUCACUUCUGGAGCAAUACAAGGAGAGUGAUACACACCUGCAUAUUCAAUUGCAUUCUCAAUUGUCUGAGUCCAAAUGUAGUGAUAUCAGCUUCAUCCUGGUUAUGCCUGUGCAGCGCAUCACAAAGUACCCCCUGUUACUGCUGAGUAUCCUGAAGAGCUGUCCCCCGGAUGACGAUGCACAUGUCACCAUACAGAAUGCAUAUUCUGCAAUGCAGGAGGUGAAUCAGAACAUCAAUGAAUACAAGAGAUGCAAGGAAGCUGGCAGCAAGUAUCAUCGCUUGAAGCAACAAAGCCUGAUGGAAAAAGUCUCAUCCCUGAGCACCGGUACCAUCUCUAAAAAAUAUAAACGCCUUAGCCACAAAAUCAUGUAUGAGGCAGGCAUCAUUCCAAAGAGAGAAGACAAAGAAUUUGAUGGUUUGGUAGAGCAUUUUCAUAUUCUUGAAUCGGCUGUUAAAUUACUGAAGCAGGACUUUGCCAGCUAUAUGAAAAACCUUGAGGAAUUCAGUGCCAUUCAGCUUGAUUUUUAUUCUUUGGAGGUCCCAGACUUUUCAGUCUUUGAGCUUCAGAAUUUUUACCAGAAUUUGCACCCAGAAUAUAAAAGAAGACUGGACCUGCUCGUCUGGCAGCCUCUGAUCAAGUUGUAUCAAUGCCUUAAAGGUCCCAAAAACCUUAUUCGGAAGCGUAUGGAAAACCUACUUGACUAUCAGAAUUUGGAAACCAAAUUACUUGAGACAGGAGGAAAAAUGACAUACGAGGAGGAAGACAUCAAGAAUUCUUACUUAGGAUUCCAUUCGAGGCUGAUGUCUGAACUGCCUCAGUGCAUUGCAUUCUCCUACCAGUUGCUUUAUCAGCUCUUACGAACUUUCAUUGGUCUUCAGAAAGAACAGGCGCAAGUAGGAUGGCGAGCAGCAGAAUCUUUAGCUUCUCAGACCCCAAACUGCAAGCUUCUAGAGGUGGACUUCAGGAAACAGGCAGAGGACAUGAUCAGUAAGUCCCUUUCCCGGCUAACUGAACUCACCAAGAAAUUUGAGCAGCAGAUGCCAUCUCCAACAGUACAGGAUCAUGAUCCUGCCAUUGUUCUGCAAGUGCAGAAGUUGAUAAAAUGUCACGGGCACCAGAAGGAAAUCUACCAAGUGAUGAGCGAUAUUAAUGGCAGUCGGGAUAUGGAUCUUACGCUGCAUCGAUUCGAAGUUGUAGCCGUGCUACAGAAAUCAGAUACUAAAGGGAACACACAAAGAUGGCUGGUGGACACAACGGGAGGCACAAGAGGAUUUGUACCCUGUAACAAACUUCAGCCCUACCAAUCAGUGCACAUUACAAACCCAUCCCAGAACUUUCUUGUCCCAAGUGAAACAGAGGAAAAGAGGCGUCAUUCGCUUACUCCAGUAGAGCUCCCACAAUCCAUCCACACGCAAUCCCAGAAUACAACUCCAAUUUUACAGAUCAUCGCAGGCUAUGGAUUCACUGCCCGCAGCGAUUAUGAGGCCAAUCUAAUAGCAGGAGAACCUGUAACUGUGCUGGAACCUCAUGACAAGAAGGGGAGCCCAGAGUGGAGCCUUGUGGAGGUUCGGGGGCAGCGGGGCUAUGUGCCAUCUAACUACCUGCUGAGGAUGCCUGUGCAGAAUACCUAUGGCUUCGCUUUGCCAACAUUAAGAUAAGCUCUUAUCAUUUAUAACAUAAUGCAAGACUUCACGAGAUUAUUGGGAACUGUUAUACUAGUUUUCCUGGACUCCACACAAGUUUUAUAUUAUUCUCUGUACAGCAAAAUCCUCUGCCAGUGGCAUUCCUGCCAAGUACACACAGGGUGGCAGCUCGAUAUAACAACUGUAUUUUGUACUGUGACCCAAACUGUAAAAUACCGCUGACUGCAAGCAAAGCAACUCCUCAAUGCCAUAAAUCAUCCUAUGUCGAAAUGUAAUCACUGAAUGUUCUGUUUAACCAAUGUUAAUUAUCCAUACGCCCCAAGUUUUGGAGGGAUAGUCCUGAUUCAUACGCCAGAUAAGGUUUACUGGAACAUGGGUGUGAUGCGGGGGUGGAUUUAGUGCAUUUCCAGCUGUUCAGAGGCAUGAUCUGGUUAGACUUGGGCUUUACUUUAGAAUAUAUAUAUAUAUACAGCAUCACCAAGGAGGUCAUGGUUUGUCCCUUUUUUUAUAUUAUAUUAAUAUGGAUGAAGCCUGAUUGUAUCUGUUUACCUGAAGCUGUCAUGGUUGUGCAGAGACAGCAAGGAAUAUUUAUGUAGCUCAGGGGUGCCCAAAAGGUAGAUUGGGAUCAGUAGACCUUUAGCUGGUGAUCAGUAGAUCUCAAGACUCAACAAACAACUUGUCUAUAUCACUGCCCUUU